AUGUCCUACCUCUACGGCGACGACACGCCUACGGACGUGAAGAAUGCUAAGGGUCUGCACCUCGUCACACAGAGCACUCCCAAUGGUCAGAAGGUCCAAAUCUUCUUAGAAGAGCUCGCCGAAGUCUACGGCAUCACCUGGACCACCACCCUGAUCAACAUCGCCACGAAUGAGCAGAAGAAAGAGUGGUUCCUGCGUCUAGACCCUAACGGCCGCAUCCCCAUCCUUAUCGACAACACGCAGAACCCGCCUUUCCCCGUUCACGAGACGUCGGCGGAGCUUCUGUACCUGCUCAAGAAGUACGACAAGGAUGACGUCUUCGGUUUCAAGGACGAUCUCGAGCGCAGCCAGGCGCUGCAGUGGCUCUUUUUUUGGCACGGCAGCGGAGCGCCGUACCAGGGACAGCUGAACCACUUCGGCAAGUUCGCCAAGGAGAAGAUUCCGUACGCCAUUGAGCGCUUCAAGAAUGAAACGCUACGGGUCUAUGGUGUGUUGGAAAUUCACCUGUCGGGCAAGUACUCUGGCGAGCCCCGCCAGUACCUGGCCGGCAAGGGCCAGGGCAAGUACAGCGUUGCCGACAUCGGCACAUGGCCGUGGAUUGCGAAGUGGGAGUUUAGCGGACUCACCAAGGAGGAUGUGAAGCAGUUCCCACACUUGCUCGCCUGGAUCGACAGGAUUGCGCAGAGGUCUGCGGUCAAGACGGGCACCGGCGAGAAGUAUCAGCAAAACACCAUCAGUAGCGGCAGCAACACCACCUUCACCUCGAUCCAAUCCGCCAUCCUCUCCCUCGGCAACACCACCACGCCCGCAACCAUCCUCAUUCUCCCAGGCACCUACACCGAGCAAGUCAACAUCACGCGGCCUGGGCCGGUCACACUUCUCGGCCAGACCUCUUCGCCCAACAACGCUACCACCAACGGCGUUACCAUCCUGUGGCGAGAAGCGACCGGCAACGCGGUCAACAGCUUCGACAACGCCUAUACGUCCGUUCUGACCGUCGCGCCGACGCUCGAGAGCAGUCUGACGGGCAGCGGGCCCACGGGUCAUGCGGUGCCGGCAGGCACGCCGUUCGGCAACGCCGAUUUCCGCGCCUACAACGUCGAUUUUGUGAACGACUACGCGCCGUACUCGGCGGGGCCGAGCCUGGCCAUCAGCGUUAGCUACGCAAACGCUGGGUUCUACUACUGCGGGUUCUACAGCUAUCAGGACACCAUCUACAUCGGCAAGCUCGGCAACGCCUACUUCUACGACUCCACCAUCGCCGGCCAGACCGACUUCCUCUACGGCUUCGGCACCGCGUGGAUCCAGUCCUCGCUGCUCUCGCUCCGCUCCUGCGGCGGCGGCAUCACCGCGUGGAAGGGCACAAACACUACCUUCGAGAACAAAUACGGUGUCUACAUCCACGACUCCGAGGUGCGCAAGGCCAACUCCUCGCUCGCCAUCGCCGGCCUGUGUCCGCUCGGCCGCCCGUGGAACGCACAGCAUCGCAGCAUCUUCGCGGAUACCUAUCUGGACGACUCGAUCAAGAGCAGCGGGUAUAUCCCUUGGGGCUCGACGGAUCCGAGGACGAAUAACUACACCUUCAUGGCCGAGUUUGACGAUUUUGGGCCGGGCUGGAAUGAGACGGGGAGGAAGGUGGCGAAUGUGACGAGGCUGCUGACAACGGAGGAGUAUGAGCCGUAUGAUAGCUUGAGCAAGGUGUUCCAGUGGCCAUUUAGCGGCGAAUUUGGGAACACGGCAUGGAUUGAUGCAAGCCCGGAGGCGUAG